GCUUCAAGUUUUGUUGUGUUGUGUAUGAAAAGGAAGUCCGGAUGAAGCGAGGGGCGAUGAAGGGGGAUGACGUUUCCGCUCUUUGAGUUGCUACACGUGAUGACCUUGGAGAGUGUACGAAGUAGACUCGGAGAAAUUUUGUGCGGCCUGUGCAACAUUACCUUGAAUGCUGUACUCUAACUUCAGGGCUGAGAUUUCAUUGUAUAUUCAGUCAUGAGAAGAAGUCGCGAAGCUGAUGAUAAAUUGCCCAAAGUCACAUGACUGUGAAGUUGAACGUCUGAUUCUCUCUCUGGCUCGUCUGGCAACUGGUUUCUUGGGCCAUUCCGUGAUUCUUCGAACCGUUCAUAAUAGUAGAAUAUCUUAGAACAUCUUUGUACAUGACCUUGAUUUAUACACGAAACUGAUAUUGGUAAAACAUGUUCGAUCACUCGAUUCUACAAAUUUUCCAGUUCAAGAAACAGCCAUGCACGAACUUUGUUCAUCUACCAUUGCCACCGACAUCACUAUCACCGUACACGACUGAGAAACGAUCCAAUAUUACAUCCCUGAUAUUCCUCGACUACAUUAUUCUUAUCGGAUAAUCGCGUGAUCAAGGAUGCCGUAGAAAAUCAAUACAUGCUCCAAUUCCUCAACGCUAUCCAAUAUACGGUUCAAACCGUCCUAAAUAUCAAUUCAAUCUAUUAUACAUAUUCGAUCUUUAGCGAUUUAAAUGACCACUUCGAGGAAAUCACAUAGUAACCAAGGAUCACUUCAAGUCAUCCCAACAAUCAACAAUGAAGAAAGCUUUCGAGAAACUUCGAUUGAAGAUCUCCAAAUACAAUGACAAUGACCCACAGCCGCCCCCAUUCAAACCCAUGUCAACACUACCCCAAGAUCCAGCAUCCAUCGGUCUGAAAAUAAUCCAUGAUUCUCCCGAUGCAAUUAUUGACAUCAUAGCCAUUCACGGUCAAAAUGGCCAUCCCAUCAAUUCCUGGACAAACAGAGAUAAUGGAGUACUUUGGCUACGCGAUCUUUUACCCGGGAUCUUGGAUGCAUAUCCAGGUAUGAGAAUUCGAGUACUCAGCUAUGGAUAUGCACGUCGAGACACCGUCGAGGUUAUCGGCGCUGGAUUAAUGAAGAGCAUUGGAGAGUUAAGAGCCGAGACAAAGAGUGAAGGGAGGAAAAUAAUUUGGUGUGCCCAUAGUUUUGGGGGUCCCUUAUUAAGGGCUGCAAUAUCCAUCGCUCCGCCUUCCAGUGAUAUCCAAGUCUCAACCCGUGCCUUCCUAUUCUUCGGAGUAGCCAAGAACAUGGGAUUAGAGAAUCUAAGCAUGGUGGUUGCAUUGCCAGAAGCCACAUUGAGUAGCGAGAUGAAGGAGUUAAGGAAAUAA